CUGUACAUCAAAAUUUGGCAGCACGCGAGCAGCUCCAAAGACAUCAGCACUGCUCGCUCUCGUGCAAGCUAUAGCCAGCGGCCAACCUUGCGCUAUCUCGUGCUCCUACCAGCGACACCACACCUCCGAUUCACGUCGUGCCUUUGACCGGCGCGGGAGAGCGAGGACCAGGGAUGGCCGGAGGCGUUUUCCUCCUCAACGGCGCCGGCGCGCCGGACUACGGCGGCGCGCUGACCGUCCCCGUCGUGGUGACCUGUCUCAUGGCGGCUUCCGGCGGCCUCAUCUUCGGCUAUGACAUUGGCAUCUCAGGCGGUGUGUCGGAGAUGGAGUCAUUCCUGAAGAAGUUCUUCCCGGGCUUACUCAAGACGACGAGGCGCGCGAGCAAGGACGUGUAUUGCAUGUACAACGACCAGGCGCUCACGGCCUUCACCUCCUCGCUCUACGCCUUCGGCAUGGUGGGGACGCUGGUGGCGAGCCGGGUCACCCGGCGCGUCGGGCGCAAGACCAUCAUGGUCAUCGGGGGGAGCAUGUUCCUCGUCGGCUCGCUCGUCAACGCCGCCGCGGCCAACCUCGCCAUGCUCAUCGUCGGGCGGAUGCUGCUCGGCCUGGGCCUCGGGUUCUCCGGCCAGGCCACGCCGGUCUACCUCGCCGAGAUGUCGCCCCCGCGGUGGCGCGGCGGGUUCAUCUCCGCGUUCCCUCUGUUCAUCAGCGUCGGCUACCUCGUCGCCAACCUGAUCAACUACGGCACGUCGCGGAUCCCCGAAUGGGGCUGGCGCCUGUCCCUCGGCCUCGCGGCCGUCCCCGCCGCCGUCAUGGUGCUGGGCGCCGUGCUCAUCACGGACACCCCGAGCAGCCUCGUCCUGCGCGGGAAGCACGACCACGCCCGCGCCGCGCUCCAGCGCGUCCGCGGCAAGGGCGUGGACGUCGACGCGGAGUUCAGCGACAUACUGGCCGCCGUGGAGCACGACCGGCGGAACCAGGAGGGCGCGUUCCGGCGGAUCCUGCGGCGGGAGUACCGGCCGUACCUGGUGAUGGCCGUGGCGUUCCCCGUGUUCCUGAACCUCACCGGCGUGACCGUGUCGGCCUUCUUCUCGCCGAUACUCUUCCGGACCAUAGGGUUCGGUAGCGACGCCGCGCUGAUGGGCGCCAUCAUCCUCGGCCUGAUGAACAUCGGCGGCAUCAUCGCCUCGGGCGUCGCCAUGGACCGCUACGGCCGGAAGCUGCUCUUCGCGAUCGGCGGCGCGCUCAUGUUCACCUGCCAGGUGGCAAUGGCGAGCAUCGCGGGGACGCACCUGGGGCACGGGAGCAAGAUGCCCAAGGGGUACGCGGUGGCGGUGCUGGUGCUGACGUGCGUCUUCUCCGCCAGCUUCAGCUGGUCGUGGGGCGCGCUGUACUGGACCAUCCCCGGCGAGAUAUACCCGGUGGAGGUGCGGUCGGCGGGGCAGGGCACGGCCGUGGCGCUCAACCUGGGCCUCAACUUCGUGCAGGCGCAGUGCUUCCUGGCGAUGCUCUGCAGCCUCAAGUACGGCGUCUUCCUCUUCUACGCGUUCUGGCUCGUGGUCAUGACCGCCUUCGCCAUGGCGUUGGUGCCGGAGACCAAGGGCGUGCCGCUCGACUCCAUGGGCCACGUCUUCGCGCGCCACUGGUACUGGGGCAGGUUCGUCAAGGACCACAAGUUCGGAAAUGAGUCCACCUGACCUGCGUCUGCGUGCGUCCUUGGCAUAUGGCUUGGUUUCGCAUUGUGUGAUGGAUGUAUACUACUCCUAUUAGCGCUAGAUUGGUACUCGUAUUCCGGUAUAACUCGAAAUUAAAAUGCUAGUAGAAUCUAAAGGGCGCGCUUUGCUGCACCCUUAAACCAAGCGACAAAAAUAUAAACCUUUAGCUAAGGAUUUUAGCGUGCGCGAUGCUCCCUUGUCGAAAAACUUUUGGGCCCCGAUCGGAAGACCUGUAAAGUAAUACGCAUGUAGAUUAUGUACAGGUGUAAUUUACAAACCUACAAAAGAUAUCAGUAUUUUACAGGUGUA